AUGCCUGCACGCCGCGGCUUCCAUCCAUGUGGAGAGACGGACGAAGAUCGGGUAAGCGGCAAGUUGCAGAAGCGUAUGACCUACACUGACGACUGUGAGCCUAUUCUACACUCCGAGGCCAUAGAGGGAGCCGUCGAAGGAGUUGUAAACGAAGCGAUUGAUAGGUAUACUGGCAAGAAAUCUAAAGUGCGACUCAAGUACGAAGACAUUUACGAGAUUGUGGAGAGAGUGAGGAAGUCACAGGGCAGGACGAGCAGCAAGAAACCAAAACAAGACGGAUUCAAGCCGUUCCCAAAGCCGCGUCCAGCAGCCCCAAAUCCAAGCACUGAGUCGUGUGCCGCUCAGGCCGGGGAUAAGAAGCCAAACAAGAAAAAUAUGAAGAGGGCGAAGAAGCCUGCAGACCAUACCGCCAACACGACAACCACCAACGCGCCAGAAGCCACAGAGCAGGACACCAAACAGACUUCGUUUCCUGACCCAGCCUCCAUCCCCACCGCCACCGCAACGCUCGCCCCAGAAGCGCCUGACAAACACUUCAUCGUCCGUCAAACCUUCUACACCAACAACUGGCCCUCCUACACCACGACUGUGCACGCAAACAUCUGCCGCCCCGCCGCUAGACGCUACAUUAUGCAUCGCUCGCAGAGCCUUGCUUCUACGCCCGUCCACUACAUUGUGCCUGGCGAUGGCAGCAGUGAGACGCAGCAGAGUGCCAAGAGUGUGUCGGUAGAGACGAUGCGCAAGAUGGUGUGGUUCCAGUCAGCAGAUGGGGAUGACCGGGAGGUGUUUGGGUUCGAAGCGUGGAUCGAGGAGAGGAAGGAAUUGGUGCUGAGGAUGUGGGCGAGUGUGCGGGGGGAAAAGGAUCUGGAUGAGAAGGACAUGGAGAAGAUGAAGAAGAUGGAUGAGAAGGAAAUGCAUGCCAUGUAUGAGAAGGACAUGGAGAAGAUGAAGAAGAUGGAUGAGAAGGAAAUGCAUGCCAUGUAUGAGAAGGAGAUGGAGGUGGCUGAGAAGGACAUGUUUGAGAUGUUUGAGAAGCAGCGCAUGGAUGACAUGGAGGAGAUGCAGAUGGAAGAUAUGGAGGAGGCGGAUAUGGAGGAGAUGUUUGAGGCGUAUGAGAAGGAGAUGCAGGAGUUGGAGGAGAUGUAUGCAAAGCAGAUAGAGGAGAUGGAUGAGAUGGAGGAGGGGGAGGGGGAGGAGGAUGAGCACAAGGAAGAAGAGGAGCACAAGGAGGAUCACGAGGAGGAACAGAAGGAUGAGCAGAAGGGAGAGAAGGAAGAGGACCAAGAGGAAGAGGACCAGCAUGGUAACCAGAAGAAAGAAGGGGAGCUGGUCGAGGAGCUCUUCAACGACGACGACGAGGAAGGUGGUGUUUCCCUCGACCUCGUCUGGCAAGACAACUAA